AUGUAUGUUCCCUUCGUCUCUACACCCAGAAGCGAGCCUCGCAAGUUGUACCGUCGGAAAGGUGGUGGUGGUGGUGGUAAGGGUGGAGGUGGCGGAGGAAAAAGUGGUGGAGGUGGAAAAAGUGGUGGCUCAAGUUCAAGUUCGAGUGGCAGCUCUGGAGGCCCUAAACGUGUCCAGCCUAUCAGUACAGGUGGAUCUUCAAAGAAGUCCUCCUCGUACAGUUCAGGCGGGGGAAGUGCUUCGACAAUUCCAUCGGGGCAGCUUUUCGCUGGGCGUCCUCAAGGUGGUGCCACCAGGUCUCAGGUGUAUGGUACAAGCAUAUACGGCAGCGGGUACCCUGGCACAGUAGGUCGCGGCGUGGUGGGUCGAGGGUUUCCCUUUUAUUACUGGGCUUUGGCAUGGGGCGGCCUCGUUGGGUAUAGCGGUGCCGCCUAUCUACACAACAACGAGUAUGGACUUCCGAACAAUUCCAGUCGACCCGGAGGUGUCAUGAUGUCUGCCACCUUUCCUGCGAGCUCCGGCAACGCCACAUUCCACGUCGUAGCUGACAACAGCACGGUCUCUUCCCUCAUCACGGAUAUUAGGAAUAAUUGCUCGUCGGUGAUCAAUACUUCGUCUGCUUCGGGUGCUCCCAUCGCAUUUAACGAUUCGGAUGCGAGUACUCCGAAACCGGAACAAGCAGUACAGUAUUACCGCGCUAGUAGUGUGGCUCUUACGGUGGAUGGGUAUAACAAUACCGGAGCUUUGGAUGACUCCGGAAACACGCCUAAUACACCUGUUCCUUCUUGGGUCGACACGAAUGCUCUUAACUGUCUCAAUUACACAAUUGGGGCCGCCGUACCGCUAGUGGAUAGUGCAGGCGCGCGCUUGACGAAUCCUUAUCUGGGAUUUCUUGCUUUGGCAUGGGUUUUGUAUUAUUUCUGUUCGUUUUUCUAAUGCGUGUCUUUAUUCCUGUAUACUUAUAUCUCACUAUCGAGCAUCUCGUCUUGUAUUUUUACACUUUAUUAACAUACACG